CCUGGAGGCCUCACGAUGAAAGUGCUUCUCUUUGCCAUUCUGGCUGACGUCUGUCUGUCCUCCGUGAUACCAGAAAAGGAGAAGAACCCCCAGUACUGGAGGCAGCAGGCCCAGGAGACGCUGCGGAGAGCCCUGCAGCUGCAGCAGCUCAACACCAAUGUGGCCAAGAACAUCAUCCUUUUCCUCGGGGACGGCAUGGGGGUGGCCACGGUGACGGCUGCGCGCAUCCUGAAGGGGCAGCUGCAGCACAGGAAGGGGGAGGAGACCGUGCUGGAGAUGGACCGCUUUCCCUUCGUGGCCUUGUCCAAGACGUACAACACCAACGCGCAGGUCCCUGACAGUGCUGGCACCGCCACAGCUUACCUGUGCGGGGUGAAGGCCAAUGAGGGGACAGUCGGGGUCAGCGCGGCCGUGACCAGAUCCCAGUGCAACACCACAGCGGGCAACGAAGUGACCUCCAUCCUCAAGUGGGCAAAGGAAGCAGGCAAAUCCGUGGGCAUCGUCACCACCACGCGGGUCAACCACGCCACACCAAGUGCUGCCUACGCCCACUCCGCUGACCGGGACUGGUAUUCUGAUAGCGAGAUGCCCCCGGAAGCCCUCCAGCAAGGCUGCAAAGACAUCGCCCACCAGCUCUUUGAAAACAUCCCCGACAUUGAGGUGAUUAUGGGCGGAGGACGGAAGUACAUGUUUCCCAAGAACACCAGUGAUGUGGAGUAUCCAAACGAGGACAAGCAUCGGGGGACUCGGCUGGACAACAGAAACCUUAUUGAUGUCUGGAGGGAGAAGAAACCUACAGAUAAAAAUGCCUAUUAUGUGUGGAACCGGACAGAGCUGAUGGACCUUGAACUGAACGAAGUUGACUACUUGCUGGGCCUCUUUGAACCAGUUGAUAUGAUGUAUGAAUUGAACAGGAACAAUGAGACGGAUCCUUCCCUGCCAGAAAUGGUGAAGGUGGCCCUCAAAAUCCUCCAGAAGAACCCCCGAGGUUUCUUCCUGCUGGUGGAAGGGGGCAGAAUCGACCACGGUCAUCAUGAAGGCAAAGCCAAGCAGGCACUCCAUGAAGCCGUGGAGAUGGACCGAGCCAUUGGCCUGGCUGAUGUCAUGACCUCUUCGCAGGAAACCCUGACAGUCGUCACUGCUGACCACUCCCAUGUUUUCACUUUUGGGGGCUACACCCCCCGUGGCAACCCGAUUUUUGGACUGGCCCCAAAGCAGAGCGACAUCGACAAGAAGCCCUUCACCUCCAUCCUCUACGGAAACGGGCCUGGGUACAAAAUGAUCUCUGGAGAGCGAGAGAACGUGUCCUGGGUGGACUUUGCUCAUGCCAACUACCAGGCACAGUCAGCUGUCCCCUUGCGACAGGAAACUCACGGUGGAGAAGACGUGGCGGUCUUUGCCAAGGGCCCCCUGGCCCACCUCCUGCACGGCGUCCAUGAGCAGAACUACAUCCCCCACGUGAUGGCCUACGCAGCCUGCAUUGGCCAAAACAAAGGCCACUGCCACUCUGGGGCCCCCCGCAGCCUGUCGGGACCCCUCCCCAUGGCCUCUGCUCUCGCCUUCUCCCUGCUGUUCACGCUGGUCUUCUAAGACGGGACCCCAGACAUUCCGUUCCUCUCUGGCUGAACCAGGCCCUCCGACUGCUACAAACCCACACUUUCGCUCCACUCGGAGACUUC